GGCUUUUGGAGCUGCGAAAGGCUUGGUGUUAUUAUGUAGUUUAUCAGGAUUUAACUUGGAAUAAAAUGCCUCGAAAUCAAAUUUACUACUCGGACCGAUACAACGAUGACCAGUUUGAGUACAGACAUGUCUUUUUGCCUCGGGAAAUGGUGAAGCACAUCCCAAGAUCCCACCUGCUGUCUGAAAGGGAGUGGAGGCAGCUGGGGGUGCAACAGUCCCAAGGAUGGAUUCACUACAUGAUACAUGAACCAGAGCCACACAUCCUUUUGUUUAGAAGACCUCGGUCCAAACACAGACCCACUUCUGUCGUAACUCAUCUGAAAGAUAAACAUGUUACUGAAAUUCAUUGGACCAGGACAAAAUAAAGAAUACUGUAGCCUCAAGUGAGGAUGAACUGGACCGAACUUCAUCAAAUAACUUGAAGCUUCUAUUAAUGUUUUUCGUGUUAACAGAUUAUGUGGGAGAGUCCGAGUCUGUACCUUAUUAUAUAUAUCAACGCAAAAAUGUUUUUUUGUUCAUAUUUUUGCUGUCAACCCUUUAUCUG